CUCCGCUGUUCGGAGUCCAAAGUGACGCAGUCCGCUGGUUACGCGUGGUCUGUGCACCAUUACGCACGAGUCUUCACUUCCACUCGUGUUCGUGCGUAAAGUGUGCGCGCGCCCUCGCCGCGUCAGCCAGACAGUCAGAACCUGCGAGAGCGCGGAGGUGAUGGACGGAACCUCGAGCGGUCCGGAUCACAGCAGAGCUGCGCCCAGAGCAUGAGCGGUAAAGAGUGACGGGCAACAAGACGUGUUCGGCUCGGACGUCAUGGCGCGCUCGUGGACUCAGACGAGGUUUAGCGCAGCGGCGGCGGUCAGCAUGGUUCUGGUCUGGACCGGACUCUCCGGGCUGGUGGCGGCUCAGAACGACACGGAGCCCAUCGUGCUGGAGGGGAAGUGUCUGGUGGUGUGUGACUCCAACCCGACUAGCGACUGGAAAGCUUCGUCCUCGCCGCUCGGCAUCUCCGUGCGCGCCGCCAAUUCCAAGGUGGCGUUCUCGGCGGUCAGGAGCAACAACCACGAGCCGUCCGAGAUGAGCAACAAGACGCGGAUCAUCUACUUUGACCAGAUUCUGGUCAACAUUGGGAACUACUUCACCUUCGAGUCCGUGUUUCUGUCUCCGAGGAAGGGGAUCUACAGUUUCAACUUCCACGUCAUCAAAGUUUACCAGAGCCAGACCAUUCAGGUGAACCUGAUGCUGAAUGGAAAACCCGUCAUCUCGGCCUUCGCGGGAGACAAAGACGUGACCCGCGAAGCCGCGACCAACGGGGUCCUGCUGUACCUGGACAAAGAGGACAAGGUCUACCUGAAACUGGAGAAGGGCAACCUGGUGGGCGGAUGGCAGUACUCCACGUUCUCCGGCUUCCUGGUGUUCCCGCUGUAAACAGGCAAACGAUUGUGACUUUUCUGUGUCGUCAAAAAUAUAACCUAAAGCAUCACUGCUGCAUCGGACCAAAGCCAACGGGAGGAAGACAAGAAGGGAGGAGGAAGAGGAGAAGGAGGUUUCCUGUUGCUGCCACAGCUUCACAGCGGGAGAGGAACCUCAGCGGAGACUCAUGACUGGCUCGUGUUCUCGUCUCAUCAACGUUCUUGUUUGUGACUGUGAAACUGAGGCGACCAGAUGCUGGACACCCUAAGCUCCACUCCGACAGAGGAACACCCUCUUCACAUCAAACCACCAGAUCAUGUCCCAAUGUUGUUUCUUCAAGUCCUAGUUUCCUGAGCCGCUUCUCACCUCUGGACUCACAACGAGAUUUUAUUCUGACCAGGACCCAGUGAAGGUCAAGACUGAAGAACUGGACGCAGCAUCAGGCUGGAAUCUAACCUCCACCUCAUACUGAAGGGUUCCUUUCCAACAAUCAUUAUUGAAUCCUCUUUCUGAGAGGCUUUAACUUCAAAUGAUUUCAUUCUUCAAGUCAAAUUUAAGACUGUGUUUCAGCCUUUUGACUCAGACGUCAAGUUGCUUUUUAAAAUCACUAUGUUGACCCUGUCAGUUCCUUGUUUGUUAACUUGUCAGCUUUUUUUUGACCCUUGGUGAUCCAAAGUUGUUGUUCCUUUUUUAUUCUCACUUUUGCUUUUGUUCAUCUAAGUUGUCUGGCAAUCAUUUUCAGCAUCAACGCACUCACUCAUGACACUCUCACGAGCAGGAGCUGGGGUGUGGAGAGGCUCUUCCCUCACCUGAGCAGCAGCAGCAGCGUGGCGAGCCGUGUUGCCAGAGCCGGGGGAGGGAAACGAUUGGACUCAUGAACACAGGAGGGUUUCAGACUGCAUUACAACAGCCGCGCUCGCUCACCGUCCUUCUCUGCUGUGUGUUUGUGCUCCAGAGUGUAAAUAAAAGCUACAGUGUGUCAAAGGAAGAUGGCGGUUGACAGUGUAAGACCAUCGACUAUAAAUAAAGAUGGAUCUAC